AUGGCAAAGACUUGUGCAGUAGCUGCCCUCAUUGCCACCAUUUUUUGCUUCUCUUCCCUCCUCAACCUUGCCCAAGCCACUAGUGAAACCUUCUUUGUUGAAGGCAAGGUGUACUGUGACACAUGCCGUGUCCAAUUUGAGACCAAAAUCAGCCAACCCCUAGCAGAUUCUAAGGUACGCUUGGAAUGUAGAAAACGUGAGGGUGGUGAGUUGACAUACUCAUUCGACGGUACCACUAAUUCGACAGGAACUUAUCGUCUUCCUGUGGAUGGUGAUCAUGAAGAAGAGAUAUGUGAGGUUGUGGCCCUCAAGAGCUCCAGGGCUGAUUGCUCUGACCUCAUGGCUGGUUAUGAAAGAGCAAGAAUCACACUUACCAAGAAAAAUGGUAUCGCCUCCAUUGCUCGCUAUCCCAACCCCCUUGGGUUCAUGAUUAAGGAAGCUCUCCCCAAUUGCCUUGAAAUUAUUGCUGAAAUGGGUCUCAUCCCACUUGAUCUGUGA